AAAAAUAAAGGAAAAUAGAGGAGCAGCUUAGUUGCAGAAAGGAAGAAAUAAAGCAGAAGAGUCAAAGGAAGAGAGAGAAAGUAUGGCUGAUAAAAAUCAAAUAAAUUCUGUGCAAGAGCCUGAGGAAGGACAUGAUAAUGAAAGGACAGAGCUAGUGUUCCCAUUGGAAAGGCUACACAUAAGGACAUCACAGCUUCUAAAUAAUGCUGACCAAAGGAUGACGGAAAUAUUGAGAAAGAUGACAGACGAAAGGUUCAAGAAGAUGAAUGCAGAGCAAGAAAAGCUAAAAGAAACGAUGCUACAGAUCCAAAAAGAAUUGAGGGAAGCAAAAGAAAAUGUUAAAGAAAUAACAGAACUGAAGAAGAGAGUAGAUGACCAUGACAAGAGACUGAGAGUCGUAGAAAAAAGAGAUCAUCAUGGUAUGCUGCAAGUGCCAGUUGGAAGAAGGAAUCCAUCAGUAGAUAGUGACGUGGGAUAUGAGAGCAGAGAUAACAGCUCCAGUAGCCUUCGACGUGUCCUUGAGGAAGAUGUUAAUGAGGAAAAAACGCUACUAGGUCCUGAAGAUUAAACAAAUUAAAAUAAUAUUAUAUCUCUCUUUGAUUCUCUCUCUAUCAAAUCUUUAUGUAUCCGUCUUUUAACUAUCCCUUUAUCCCUAUGUAUCUGUUGAUACUCUUUUUAUCGAAUUUCUGUCCACUCCUCUUUUCAUAUCUCUAUCCUUAAUUCUUCUCCAAUCUCCAUGCAACAAAUGACUAUGAUAAUAAUUGUAAUUAUAAUC